AUGGGACGGUUCGGUGGAAGGAUGGGAGAGUUCUGGGAGAGCUACCACGGGCACUUCCUCGACAGGCUGCUCCUCCUCCUCCUCCUGUUGCUGGUGAGGCCGACCCUGACCUGCGGUGGCAGAUUGCGGAGCUGGAGAGCCGUUUCGAUCGGCACGAUGAGCUACUGGCAGCUGAGCUCCAUGGACUGCGCGUACGCAUCGACCAGCGCUAUGAUGAUCUCCGCAGUCAGCAGCUGCGUGUCGGAAGGAAAAAUCUCCCACUCUCCCUUCCCCUCCGAGAGUCCGAGUCCGAGUACAAGCCGCAUGAUCGACGCGCCCUUGUCGCGCGACCCCCGCUCGCUCGUGCGCCUCAUUAAAUCCGUCGUCGUCGUCGCCGCCGCCGCCGCCUCCUCCCCUUCCGCCCCUCACACGCUGCAGAAGCUCCACUCAUGUUCCGCUUGGCCUCUCUCGAUCGUUUCUAGUGCCCUCAUCUCCUCGUUCGCUACUUUCGGCUUCGUCCACCUCUCUCGCCAACUGUAUGAUGAAAUUCCCCAACCAGGCAUUGUCCCUCGGACAGCUAUGGCCAGGGCCUACAGUACCGACGGACAACCUGAAAAAACAUUGCUUAUAUUCCGAGCUUUGCUCGUGUCUGGCCUAUCCCCAGACCCUAUCGCUCUUGCAACUGCAAUAUCCGCAUGCCACCAAUCCGGAAUCUUAUCUGUGGCAAAGACGAUUCACGGGUACAUUAUCAGUAGUGGAAUUGUAGUCGAUCCAUUUGUCACCACUGAGUUGAUCAAGGUUUAUGGUUACCAUGGUAAGCUAGGUAUCUGCCAGCGUUUGUUCGAUGAAAUGCCUGUUAGAACUCUCGUAUCAUGGAACACCUUAUUGCAUCAAUAUGUGAAGCAUGGUGAUGUUGAUUCUGCAUGCAAAUUGUUUGCCGAGAUGGCUGAAAGGGACGUCGUUUCAUGGAACACGUUGAUAUCAGGAUUUUCUCAACUGGGUAGGAGUAGAGAGGCAUUGGCAUUCUUCCGUCAGAUGACAUUUUCUAGUGAGAAGGCCAACAGGCUCACCUUUUCAAUUAUUCUCUCGGCCUGCGCUAGCAUAGGUGCUCUUGAUACCGGUAUCUGGCUUCAUGCCUAUUUAGGAAGUAUCAUUUUUAACUCAGAUGGAUCUUUGGAUCAUUGCCUAAUUGAUAUGUAUGCCAAGUGUGGUAGCAUUGAAAAGGCUAUGCAAGUCUUUGAGAGCAAACCAGUUAGAAGAGAUUUGUACUCCUGGACUUCAGCAAUAUGUGGACUUGCAAUGCAUGGGAGAGCUGACCACGCCCUUCGCUUGUUUUCACAGAUGAUGCAAGUGGGGAUCAAACCUGAUGAUGUGACCCUGGUUGGUGUUCUCAAUGCUUGUGCUCACGGAGGAUUAGUAGAACUAGGAUUUAAGUUAUUUUCUUGUAUGGAGGGAAUCUAUGGCUUAGCACCCAAAAUCGAACAUUAUGGGUGUGUCAUUGAUCUUUUAGGCCGUGCGGGCAGGUUAAGAGAAGCUUAUGAUACUAUUUUGAAGAUGCCGAUGAAGCCUAAUACAGUUCUAUGGGGGAUUCUGUUAAGUAACUGCAAGGUUCACAACAAUGUGGAACUAGCUGAGAUUGCUGCAAUGAAUUUGAUUGAAUUGGAUCCAGAUGAUCCAUGGGCUAGAGUGAUGCUAUCAAACAUAUAUGCAGAAAUUGGUGAUUGGGGUGGUGUUAUGAGACUAAGGAAGGAGAUGAACUCUGUGGGCCUGAAGAAAACACCAGGUUGUAGCUCUAUUGAAAUUAGUGGAGAGAUUUAUGAGUUUCUUGUUGGUGAUAGUUUACAUCCUCAGAUUGAGGAGAUUCUUGAAAUAUUGGAAAUCAUUGAAGCUCACAUGCAAGUUCAUUGAUGCACAAAGCUGAUCGUGCCAGUUCUCUUAUUAAUAUAUACAUAUGACCUUGUUCAAUAACCAUCCUACUUGGAAGAACUUUCUAAGAACAAGGUCAGAAGCUACUCUUGAGCUUUUGAUGGAACAUAGCAAACAUCCAAUGAAAUCAUGGUAAGCUAGCUAGCUCAGAGAAAAUUGAGAAAGGUCCCUUGUCAAGCUACUAAAGCUAACUUGCCGCAUUACUCUACCAAGGUGCACAAAGGUACUUCAAAUUCCUUCAUGAAAGCCUGGAUCAAGGUAGGGGCACCUUAUUUUCCUAUAAUAAAAGCUGUAAAGGAUCACUUAUUGUCAAAAAUCUCCCUUGAUUUUAAGAUUUCAAGAAGUUCAAAUGAA